CUUCCGGUCGCAGCUGCGGUGAAACUGCGCUGUGCUGUUUCCUAAGCUCCUCGCCCGUGAGGGCUGGUACCUGACGGCUGGCGGCGCGGGCUCCGGCCCCCACUGGACGCAGAAACGCCAGCAGGCCAGCACUAGACGCGCCUCCUCACCAUGGGUCGCCUCACCGCGCGGCUGCUCUUGGAGCGUGGGGUACCCAAGAGCGACCGGCUGGGGAGGGUCCGGAGCCUGGACUUGUCCGGAAUGGAGCUGCUCUCCGAGCACCUGGACCCGAAGCUGCUGUGCCGCCUGACGAAGCUGCAGGAGCUUGACCUCUCCAACAACCAGCUGGAGACCCUGCCAGCCAACCUGGGCCUGUCCCACCUGCGCAUCCUCCACUGCUCCAACAACCAGCUAGGGGACGUCACCGUCUUGCGCCAGUUCCUGAAGCUGGAGGAGCUGAGCCUGGAAGGCAACCCCUUUCUGACAAUCAAUGACAACUUGAAGGUCUCCUUUCUGCUGCCCAAGCUACGGAAGAUCAAUGGCAAGGAUGCUUCCUCAACUUGCUCCCAGGUGGAGAUCCUGAACCAGGAGCUGACCAUCAGGGUCACAGCUCACUGGGAGAAGUUCAUGGCUGCCCUGGGCCCCGAAGAGAAGGCUGAGAAAGUCCAGGCAGACUUUGUGAAGUCUGCCAUUAGGCACGUGCACUAUGGACCGGAGUCCCUGAGCGAGUUCACCCAGUGGCGGGUGCAGAUGAUCUCUGAGGAGCUGGCAGCUUCCCAUGGGACAAGGGUGAGUGAGUCUAACACCCCAGAGAGUUCCCUAGGCGUGGCGGCUGCCUUCAGGCCCAGGGUGAGUAUGGUGCUGUGUGGUUGGCAGGUUCUCUCAUGGUCCUGCUUGCCCGUGGCAGCUGCUGGAAAUCAAGAAGUCAGCAUGAGCCCAGGAGUUCCCCCUGCCCAGGCCAGGCUAGCAGCCGUGAAGCGGCUGGGUGAUGUGCCGCUCAGACUCUCUUCCACCAAGCGGAUGUGUACCUCCCUGCCGGCCCAGGUGGAGGGCAGCCCAGCGGGCCUCAGUGACAGCCAACCUGCCCUGCAGAUGGAGCCCCUGCACUUCCUGCAGUGCCACAGCAGGAACAACAGCCCUCAGGACCUGAAGACCCAGCUAUGGGCCUGCGCCUUCGAGCCCGCCUGGGAGGAGGGGUGUUCCGAGGCCACAUCCCAGACGGUGGCCACGUGUGGCGGGGAGGCUGUGUGUGUGAUUGACUGCCAGACGGGUAUUGUCCUCCACAAGUACAAGGCUCCUGGGGAGGAGUUCUUCUCAGUGGCCUGGACAGCCCUGACAGUGGUCACACAGGCUGGCCACAAGAAACGUUGGAGCAUAUUGGCAGCAGCAGGCCUUCGAGGCCAGGUCCGCCUACUGCAUGUGCGUGCCGGCUUCUGCUGUGGAGUCAUCCGGGCCCACAAGAAGGCCAUUGCCACCCUCUGCUUCAGCCCCAACCAUGAGACCCACCUCUUCACGGCCUCCUAUGACAAGCGGAUCAUCCUCUGGGACAUCGGUGUGCCCAACCAUGACUAUGAGUUCCAGGCCAGUCAGCUCCUCACACUCGACUCCACCUCCAUUCCCCUGCGCCUCUGCCCUGUCGCCUCCUGCCCUGAUGCCCACCUGCUGGCUGGCUGUGAGGGUGGCUGUUGCUGCUGGGAUGUGCGGCUGGACCAGCCCCAAAAGAGGAGGGGGUGUGAGGUGGAGUUCGUCUUCUCCGAGGGCUCCGCACCGGCACGCAGAGUGGAUGGGCUGGCGUUUGUAAAUGAGGACGUCAUAGCCUCCAAGGGGAACAGCCCAGGCACCAUCUGCCUGUGGAGCUGGAGUCAGACAUGGCUGCACCGGGGCAGCCAGUCCUUGGUGGCUGUGGUUGUCCUGGCUCGGCUGCAGUGGUCACCCACCGAGCUGGCCUACUUCUCGCUCAGCACCUGCCCUGACCAAGGGAUUGUGCUCUGCGGAGAUGAGGAGGGCAGCGUGUGGGUCUAUGAUGUCAGGCACCUCCUGACGCAGCUGUCUCCACCGCCAGCACCCCCGCAGGCCCCCACACAGAUCCUUAAGUGGCCCCAGCCAGGGGCCGACGGCCAGCCAGUGACCAAGACUAUGGUGAACAUGGUGGUGGCCAACACUGCUUUCACCUACCUUGCGGCUCUGACGGACUCCAACAUUGUAGCCAUCUGGAGGAGAUGUUAGCAGGGCAGGACGCCUGCCUCUGUGGCACAGGACCAGGGACACAUUUAACUCAUUUAGUGUGUGGCUUACAGUGAGGGUUUUUUGAGGGGUUUUUUUAUUAAAUUUUCUGCUAUAGCCAA